ACUGGAACGCCCGAAAUGACCUUUAUUAGAGUAUUUUGACAAGUAGUUGCUGUGGCGCCGACUCCGACUAUCGUGUCAUUAAUGUCUACCUGCUGUUACAACUGUUGAUAAGCGAGGGUGUAAUAUUUAAUUUUAUCCCGUGAAGACGGACAGCUGUCCACUCAGGAUGGGAGGAAAUGGGAGCAAAGCGAGGAAUGUAUCUUUCAGGCUGGACGAACACGAGAAGGUCACAGUAGUUGAAGGAGUGAAGCUUUCUGAGAAUGUCCUUCGGCGGAUGAGGGAAUCUCCUGGUUCGGAAAGAGCUUGGUCUUUGCCACCUGCUCCAGACAUGCAAAGGACAUCACCAAGUUCAAAAUCGACAGAAACAUCAUCUUCACAGACACAGGAAGAGAUGCUUAAGAACUAUGAGCGUCAACAGGCUCUGGUGCAGGAGCAGCUGGCCAAGCUCAACCUGAGGGAGAGAGAGACUGUCUACGUAGAAAAAUGGAGAACACAAGAAGAUAAUGAAAAGAGCAAGGUACUGCUAGCAGAUUUGGAUGCGUGGGGUAGACUGCUGGAGCGGAAAGAACAGGAGCUGGCCACAAUCCAGAGUUUCUACAAAGAGCAAUUAGAAAUAAUGGAGAGAAAAAAUUUUCAGAACUACAAGCAGACAGCUGAAGAGUACUUUGAGGCUGCAGCUAAAACUGGAGAGCGGAUACGGCCCCGGUACAUUUCACCCAUGUGCACUGACCUGCAGACCAAAGUGCUUCAAUGCUAUAAAGAAAACCCAAAGCAGACACUGCACUGCUCCAGACUGGCUAAGCAGUACAUGAACUGUGUUCAGCAAGGGAAGAAGGUAAGUCAUGGCUGCAAUCUGCAUGUAGAUGUAAGAACAAUUACAGAGAAAUGUGCAGUUUUCUUUUGAGGACACCAUAUUUAUUUUCAGCUUAGCUGCAAGCUAAUGAGAUUUUGAAGUAACCUGCUUUUAUUGCUGACAGUAGAAGAUGACAGCAAAAAGACAAAGAACCUCAAAGUCUUAAUUUAAAGUACUUAAUUUCAAAGUAUUUGCAUCUUUCCUGUUAAAUAUUUUGACACCUCAAAUUGGAGAAUACAGAAAUGACAUAUGCUGUCUAUUUGGGGGCUUACAUCAUUACCAGUGUUCAAAAAUGGGUUUUGCAUUCACUUUGUAAAGCGUUUUGCUUUGCUGUUGCUUUUUCAAAGAGUGUUUAAACCCAAGGCUUAUCUACAAAGUGUUUUAUUUACUCAAUUUAUCAAUCAAAAAGCAAUUCUGAAUGGAGUAAUUUGCACAUUAUUACCAUGGCAGAAUGUCUUUCUGCGGCUUCAAAGUUAUAAAAGGCUCAGAGCAACAAUUGAUGAAUUUGGCUGUACCAACAGCCGAUAAAAGCAAAGGCUCAGAAUAAAAGCAAUCAGUGGUUUUAUAUUGUUUCAAAAGCGUAAUUACCAGUAGAAUGCUGCUCUGUGGGGAAGAAACAUUUUAUAUUCUUGCACCAGACUUUUUUUUUUAAUUAUGUGAAAUAUAAAUUGAGUGGAAGCUGUUUUUUUUUUUUCAAGCACAUAUUUAAUUCAGAGUCAAAUACUUAGAAAAAUUUGGUGAAAAUGAGAAUAACUGGCUAAAUGAAAUAUCUACAGAAAAAAAUAAAAGUAUGACAGUGAAAGUAAAGAGUAAAAUUAUGAAAACCAAAAAUUAAGACUUGGAAAAAAAAACCCCAACAGUUUUACUCCUAGUGAGAUUUCUCCGUAUAAUAUUUUAUCCAAAGUGUUAUUAUAUGCCAUUGCCAAGUAACAAAACAGUAUAUAUUUCUUAAGUACAUGUUCCUUAUCUUUGUUAUGGUGCAGAAUAAAAGUUUGUUUAACUUUUAUUGUUAAAAGUUAAACAUUUGUGUGUCCAUCUCCCUAAAAUUCACAGAAUACCAAGCUGGUGCCUUUUUAAAGUUCACAUUGUGGCUUUUUCUUUGUAGAAAACAAUCUUGACCCUGACAUUUUAUCGCUGACAUCUUCUCUGUCUACCCUUUCUUUAUAGGGAUAAUCUGACAGAGAUUAAAUCUUUCAUUUUAAAGACUGGCUUGCACCACUAUUUCGAAGAUAGUGGCUUUUCAGGUUGACCUUUGAGACUUUUGAAGUUUUUUUUUCAUCCCUGUCUCAGACUUUGAACAACUCAUAAAUGUUUCUAGGAAUAAGAUUUAAACCUGCAAGUCUGAAAGAUUUCACAUUAAAACUGUUACUAUCUCCAUCCAGUCUAUUAUCAGAUAUCAUCAUCCCAACUGUUGCCUGACAGAGCCUUAGUGAUUUUUUUUAUAGCAGAAGGGAACUUUUUAAAAAAAAGAAAAAGAAAAUACAAUUCUUUGCAUUUUCCUUUUUGUAUGAGCAGGGUAUUUUUAAUCACAGGUUUGUUACUUAUGUCAAAGUAUGCCAAGCUUCUCCAAAGUUUUGAAGUAGCAUUGACCAAUCGCUUCCAUGCCACGCCGCAUUGAUGCAGAUAUUCACAUAAAGGAUGAAUGACCAAGUGUUGAGUCCUUACACUCUUCAGCAUACCGACAGUCUUCAUUAGGAGAAACUGAAUUUUGGAUUUUUAUUAGUUUUAAACCAUUAUAAUCAAAAUCUACAUAAAUAAAUGCCUGAAUUUUAUCACUCAUGAAUAAAGAGUUUCAAUCUGAAUUGAAUUACACAAGUAAAUUGUUUCAGUGAUUUUCUAAUUUAUUUAGCUGUAAUAGAGCCAAACAGGUUCAGGUUUCAGAAUCCCUGAAAUAAACUGCAGGAACAAAGUGAUUAUGUUUGUCAAGAAUUGUGCAGGUGGAGAAUUUUGCAGAAAAGUGAAAAUGUUUUCUUUGUCAAUGGUGGUAAAUAUAUUAUAAAACAGACAUUCAACACAAAAGUAAAAAUCUGAUUUUCACUUUGCGGCAGUUCGUUACCAGAA